AUGUCCGAGAAAGAAAGGUCUCCUGGUCUCUCCUCGGAGAGUUCCGCAGGACAGGUGAAGAUCAACCGGGAAAAUACCGACAAUACUGCCGUGAAUUCUGAAACUCAAGAGACUUCGGUCCGAGAGGAAACGACCGCAAACCCAAUUGCUCCUUCUAUCCCCAGUCGAUGGAGGACUGUCAGCCAACGCAUUCGACAAAGAACCGCCACGAUAGCCGAUAGUUUGGGUCGUCCUCAUGAAAGACAAGCAGAGGGCGUCGAGGCCUCUUGGUCACCGGAAUACUAUGGAGCAACAGACGAUAUCAAAAGUUUCGAGGCUCGCCAGGCCAACGGCGAAGAAGCUCGCCUGCAAGGCUUCGAUCACAACUCGCAGGCCCAGGACCUGGUGAGGCAGCUGGGUCUGCCGCAUAUCGCCAGCAACCGUCGUGCGAGGGAGGAGGUGCGCUCUGGCACAACGACUGGCAUGACGACUCCCGGCGAGAGUGAAGCCUCCACUCCCGUGAACGGAGGUCUCCUUUCGCAGUUACUCCGAGUGUAUGCCAAUCAGGUUGGUGCGGCGAGCAGGAUCAGCGUGGCUUCCAGUACAACAGACACCGACCCUGAAAUCGAGACGGUUCCUGCAACCAACUACGGAACGGAAUCGGGAACGGGAACGGGGACGACCACGCCCAGUGGAACGAAUGCCCUCAAUGGCAAGAAGGAGAAAGUCAAAUGGUACAAGAAUGGAGUGGACAACGACAGCAAGGCCAGCAUUCCUAUGCUGAAGAAGCUGCCCCAGCCAACGAAGCAUAAAAGAAAGGAGUCAGGUCAUCACUAUACUUCAUCUUUGAUUCAGGCCUCGAUGGAUAUGGGCCGAGUUGGGGUGCCCGGGGCACAGGGACCGGGUACUAUGAAUUACAAGGAACGCAAGAAGCAAAGGCGCAAGAGUGCCAAGGACGUCAAGCUCAAGGUGCACAUUGCCGCGAUCCUGGCUCGCCAACAAUACAUCAUGCAACUUUGUCGUGCCUUGAUGAAGUAUGGGCCCCGACUCACCUUCAUGUACAUCCCCGGUUGCAUGUUCAUGUCCUUUGACGAUCCCUUGACUCGCACCGCCGAGGUGAAGAUCAUUCGGGUCGUCCAGGGGCUGGACUUGUCGCGUCUCGCGGAGACUCACAAUGUCUACAAGAAUGUGGUCCAUGACGUACUGAGUCUCGAGGAUGCCACCAACGACCUGGAUCAGAUUAUGCAGCGCAAACCACGCUACAAUCGUUGGUUGUUAGUCCUGUUGACUGGCCUUGCCAGUGUCGCUGUUGGUCCCUACUCCUUUUCCGCUCGCCCUAUCGACCUUCCUAUUAUCUUCCUUUUGGGAUCUUUGGUCGGAUUCAUGCAACAUAUUCUUGCCCCGUCAUCAGCCACGUAUUCCAACGUGCUGGAAGUAUCAGCAGCCAUCUUGACCUCAUUCCUAGCCCGUGCAUUUGGAAGCAUCAUGCAUAAUGGCGAGAACGUCUUCUGUUAUGCGGCGCUGACAGAAUCGUCCAUCGCUAUGAUUUUGCCCGGUUUUUCGGUCCUCAGCAGUAGUCUAGAAUUGCAAUCCCACCAGAUGAACGCCGGGUCUAUCCGCAUGGUCUUCACGAUCAUCUACUCUCUCUUCCUCGGCUAUGGCGUUACAGUCGGCACCACGAUCUACGGCGUCAUCGACAAGAACGCGACCACGCAAUCAACAUGCCCUAACGCCGUCGCAGAUUGGGGCAACGAAUAUAUUCAGCAUUUCCCCUGGGUCGCGCUCUUCUGUUUCUUCGCCGCCCUCAUCAACCAGGCAAAGCUGAAGCAGGUCCCCGUGACUGUGAUCUUGGGAGUCUGUGGCUACGUGACCAACUACUUCAGCUCCAAGAAACUCGGCUCCGGCCAGGUCUCUAACACCGUCGGCGCUUUUACCAUUGGUCUCCUCGCCAAUUUGUACAGUCGUUUGUGGCACGGUCAUGCUGCUGCCGCCAUCAUACCGGGUAUCUUCACCCUGGUGCCGUCGGGUCUUGCAUCUAGUGGCUCCAUCCUCCAGGGUCUGGAGUAUGCCGAGGCCGUGGUGUCUGGCAAUGCGACGGCUAUCAGCAAUGCCAACUCGGGCAAUUCCCUGACUGCACUGGGUUAUGGAAUGAUCCAGACGGCUAUCGGUAUCUCGGUUGGCCUAUUUGUUUCCGCAUUGAUUGUCUAUCCGCAUGGAAAGAAGCGGAGUGGUAUUUUCAGUUUAUAA